UGGGCAGAGAGAGAGAGAGAGACAGGGAGAGACAGUGAGUAAAGAGAGGAGAGAGAAGCAAGGCCAGGCGGGGGAUAGCACCGAGCGAGGGAGCAGAAAGAGAGAGAGAGAAGGCGCACACCCGAGAGAAGUGGAUCCAGAAUCUUAAGCGUUUCUGUGGAGACCUGAAGCUGGAUUCUCCUGGAGAAGAGUGACUCCACAGUUGUGUGCGUGUGUAGCUAUCGGUGCGUGGCUACAGCCAGCUGCUAGUGUGUGUGUGUGUGUGUGUGUGUGUAAGGAUGGGUCUGCUGCACCUGUGCCUCGGCCUGUCUCUGCUAUGGGCUCCAGUGCAGUGCCAGUGGUGGAACUUCUGGGCGGCUGCCACCACCACACGCCCUCCCCCCCUUAACACCACCCCUGCCCCCACAGCUGCCCUGGUCCUGGAGCAGGCUGGGUCAGGGGACAUGGAGAAGAACGUGCCCACCCUGGAGCCUACUGUUGCCCCGGUCCAGGACCAGGAGCCUGAGGCUGGGCUACAGGCUAAGAAAAGACCCCUCAAACUCAGGAAGAAGAGUGAGCGGCGACCGCAGCUCCACGUGGACCUGCUGGAGCUGGUGGGGGUGCCCCUCCCCCCCUCCGUCUCCUUCACCCAGGGCUACGAGGACGGGGGCCCCGCCUACAGCUUCGGGCCGGACUCCAACAUCGGCCGCCUGGCUCGCUCCUUCGUGCCCUCCCCCUUCUACCGCGACUUCGCCGUCCUCGCCACGGUGCGGCCCUCCAGCGCCCGGGGAGGCGUGCUGUUCGCCAUCACGGACGCCAAGCAGGAGGUGGUGCGCCUGGGGCUGGAGGUGCGCCCGGCGAGGGCACGCUACCAGAACGUGGUGCUGCACUACAGCGAGGGACGCAGCCACAAGCUGUCGGCCGUGUUCACCGUGGCGCCCAUGACGGAGGAGUGGGCCAUGCUGAGCGUGGUGGUGGAGGGGGACCGGGCCAGUCUGACGGUGGACUGCGGCCCGGCCGAGGUGCUGCCGCUGGCCCGGAGGAGCGGGAGGUUCAGCUUCCACCAGGAGUCGGGCAUCUUUGUGGCAAACGCAGGGAGCGCCGGCAUGGAGAGGUUUGUGGGUUCCAUCCAGCAGCUGGUGAUCAGCUCUAACCCCAGGGCAGGAGAGGAGCAGUGUGAGGAUGAUGAUCCUUAUGCGUCUGGUGAUGCCAGCGGGGACGGUGUGUUGGAUGACCGUGAGUCGGAGGAGGAACUGAUGAAGAUGAAGGAGGAGAGGAAGGAAACACACCUGCCAGAAGAUGAGGAUAGCGUUCCGGUGCAAGCCCCGCCCACUGCGACUCCAGAGGACGUAGACGAGUACUCAGGUCACCUGACCCCCACUGAGACCAACCAGGAAAAGAUACUCCGAGGAGCCCACCCGACAGAGGAGCCGGGCGAGAGAUCAGGAGACGGGGCUGGCGGCCAGGGACGGAAGGGAGAGAGAGGAGAUCCAGGCCCUCGGGGCCCCCCUGGGCCUCACGGCCCCGCAGGCUCGGCCUCUCCCUCAGGGGACAGGAGGUCAGGCGAGACCCAGGCUCAGCCGGGGCCCAGGGGUCCGCUAGGCCCGGCAGGUCCACCUGGACUCCCCGGACAAGCAGGGAAGGAUGGGCUGACGGGAAGGAAAGGAGACAAAGGAGACACAGGUCUGAGGGGUCCUCAGGGUAUCCCUGGGUUGGCUGGAGAGUCUGGACCUAGAGGAGACAAGGGUGACCCAGGAGUCGGACUUCCAGGGCCCCCCGGGGUCCCCGGCCCCCCUGGGCCCCCCAGGUCGCGCAGUGUUCCAUAUGGUGCUGACGCUCUGGGCUCUGGCUUUGAGGACUCAGACAGUGAUACUGAACUCAUGCGGGGUAUCCCUGGUCCUCCGGGUCCUCCAGGCCUUCCAGGGCCUCCAGGGCCCGGUCUGCCGUUUGUCCCCUCUGAGGGCUUCCUCCCUGGGCCCUCAGGCCCACCUGGUGUCCCUGGAAGAGACGGCAUGGACGGCCCUGUUGGAAAACCCGGCCUACCAGGUCAGGAUGGAUCAGACGGUCUUCCUGGUCCCACUGGGAAGAAGGGUGACCAUGGACAACCUGGAGCUCCUGGACCCAAAGGGGAAUCUGGAGAGCCAGGACCGGAGGGAGCCUCGGGGCCUACAGGACCCGAGGGAAAGAGAGGUCUUCCUGGGCUGCAGGGACCGCCCGGUGUCCCUGGACCUCCAGGAGGUGUCUUCUUUGUGGAGGACUUGGAAGGCUCUGGAAAUAGUGACAUGUUGAUUGGUGCUGGAUCCAAAGGUCUACAGGGAGCUCCUGGCCAACCUGGUUUAACCGGUUUACCAGGACCCACGGGUGAGAAGGGGGCUGAUGGUUCUCCUGGGAAAUCUGUCAAGGGUGAACCAGGAAGUCCAGGCCCUGAAGGUCUUCCAGGGCUGGCAGGGUUGCCAGGCGCCAGGGGUGCCAAGGGGGACAAAGGCGGUGCAGGACCUAAGGGAGAGAGAGGUGCUGAUGGACUCAGUAUCCCAGGACCACCUGGGCCACCUGGACUUCCUGGACCAGUCUUCAACCUGCAGGAUCUGCACCUGAAUGACAGUGAGAGCUUGUUAACCUUCACUGAGCUUCGUGGUCCACCAGGACCUGAGGGCCCUGAAGGCUUGCCUGGUAGAGCUGGAUUCCCUGGACCCAGAGGUCCUAAGGGAGACAGCGGUCCUACUGGGGUUCUGGGACCACCGGGACUGAAGGGUGAGAAGGGCGAGCCUGGGGUCACCAUCGCUGCUGACGGCUCUCUGAUGACCGGGCUCCGUGGUCCGCAGGGUCCUAAAGGGAUCAGGGGUGAGCGUGGCCUCCCUGGACAUGCUGGUGUCGAGGGACCGAUGGGGCCAACUGGACCUAAAGGAGAAUAUGGCUUCCCUGGCCGCUCGGGCCGACCUGGGAUGGCAGGGAGGAAGGGGGAAAAGGGCGAUGUCAUUACCCAACCGGGCCUCCCAGGACCCCCGGGGCCCCCAGGACCCCCUGGCCGAGUGUUUGGACUCAACGGAGGGAAGGACUCGCCUCAAGGACGCAGGAACGGAGGGGCCAAAGGAGACAAGGGAGACGCAGGUUUACCUGGCCAACCUGGAACUCCAGAAUCCCUUCUACCAGACAGCUUGGAGGGCUUUGUGGGGGCCAAGGGCGACGGGGGCCUGAGGGGAGAGAAAGGAGAGAAAGGGGACAUGGGAUUGACAGGUCCUCCAGGGCUGCCUGGGAGGUCAGGCCUGGUGGGUCCGAAGGGUGAGUCAGUGCUGGGUCCUCCAGGUGACCCUGGGUCCCCAGGCCAGCCGGGGGCUCCUGGUUUAGGUCGGCAAGGCUCCCGAGGGCCCCCUGGCCCUGCCGGGCCACCAGGCCCACCGCCUGUCUACGGAGCAGCAGUUAGCAUCCCAGGCCCUACAGGACCCCCUGGCCCGCCUGGAGCACCUGGUGACACCAACCCGGUGAGUACCUACAGGACUGCCCUCGCCCUGGUGAGGGAGAGCCAUAGGGUGGCUGAGGGCACCAUGGCCUAUGUGGCUGACAGGGGGGGAGAGCUCUACAUCAGGGCACAGCAAGGCUGGAGGCAGGUCCAGCUUGGAGAGCUGAUCCUGGCCCCCCCAGACCUGCCCUCCUCCUCUGUGUCUCAGGCCCUGAGCAGACCAGGAGAACGCAGCAGACCCCCCAGGAUACACAGCCAGGAGCUUCAAGAGAAGGAAAGGGCCUAUCUUCCUAACUACAAUCUGUUACCACAGUCUACCCAAUCAGCACCUGGGCUCCACCUGGUGGCGCUGAAUGCUCCCCUGGCGGGGGACAUGCGAGGCAUCAGAGGGGCAGACCUGCAGUGCUACCAGCAGGCGCGGGCCGUGGGCCUCACCGCCACCUACAGGGCCUUCCUGUCAUCACACCUGCAGGACCUGGCAACCGUCGUCAAGAAGGCCGACCGCGUCAACCUGCCCGUGGUCAACCUGAGGGGGGAGGUGCUGUUCCCCACCUGGACGAGCAUCUUCUCAGACAACGGUGGUGUGUUCGACCCCAUCACCCCCAUCUACUCCUUCGAAGGCCGUAACGUCUUCACAGACCACACAUGGCCCCAGAAGCUGGUGUGGCAUGGCUCCAGCACGGUGGGUAUCCGGAUGACGACCAACUACUGCGAGGCGUGGCGUGCCGGGGACAUGGCGGUGACCGGACAGGCCUCCCUGCUGCACACCGGACGGCUGCUGGGACAACACACACGCAGCUGCUCCAACCACUUCAUAGUGCUGUGCAUAGAGAACAGCUACGUAGACCACCACAAGAGAAACUAACACACAC